AUGGCGAUGGCGGCGCGGGCUCAGGCCCGGGCCCUGGCGCUGGUGCUCUGGGGCUGGGCCCUGGCCCCGGCGGGAGCCCUGGACGCCAUGGGCCCCCACGAGGCCGUCCGUCUGGCCGAGCUGCUGACCCCGGAGGAGUGCGACCAUUUCCAGUCGCUCCUGAAGGCGCCGGAGCCGGACGUCGAGGGCGAACUGGCCCGGCUCUCUGAGGACCGGCUGGCCCGCCCUGAGACGCCGGCGUCCACGUCCGCGCCGCGCGGCCGGCUCUGGCGGCAGCGGCGGGCUGCGGCCGAGCCCGCGGAGGUGUCGGACGGCUGCCGGGAGGGGCUGGCGGCCUGGCUGGCGGCCAAGGCCACCACCCUGUCUUGGGACCGCGUGGCCCGGGCUCUGCGGCGCAGCGGCCGCCCGGACGUGGCCCGGGAGCUGGGCAAGAAUCUCCACCAGCAGGCGACGCUGCAGCUGCGCAAGUUCGGCCAGCGCUACGUGCGGCUGCCCGCCGUCCCCGGUCUCGGCCCCGGCCUCGGCCCCGGCCCCGGCCCCGCCCCGCGCCCCCGCCGCGCCUCGUUCCCCGAACCCGACUGGGACGGGCUGCAGCUGAUCUUGGAGCGUCUGCCGCAGGCGCCCUACGAGCGCAGCCCCGCCGGCUGGGUCGGGCCGCUGGCGCUCGGCCUCCUCACCGGCUUCGUGGGGGCGCUGGGCACCGGGGUGCUGCUCAUCUUGCUCACGCUGUGGCUCACGGGCGGCGACGGCCCCGGCCCCGGCCCCGGCCCCGGCCCGCAGUCGGGCCCCCGUCCUCCCCGGCGCAGGCCCGCCCAGGCGCUUGGCUCGGCGGAAUCGAGGCCGCUCCUGUCUGCCGAGCGGCUCCAGCCACCGCCGACGAGGGCCUGGGCCGCGCGCCGGCCGGGUCCCCCCUCGCCUCAGUGUCCCCGGCUGUGA